AUGCCAGCAUCAGCUCCUUUAAUACGUAGACGGGCGGUAAUUAAAGCUAAAUUAACCCGAAUCGAAAAAUAUGUUGACGAAUUUGACCCAAAUAAAAACAAUAUCAAUGAACUUUCGACACGAUUAGAGCUGCUCGAAGUUACCCUAAAGGACUUCGAAAAGGCUCAGUUAGAUAUCGAAUUGGCGGCCGAUGACGAGUCUGAACUCGAAAUUCAUGACAAAGAGCGCGAAGUCUUCGAAACGCGUUAUUGCACGGUUGUAUCAGAAAUCAAAACAUUUAUCAAAAAAACGAUAAGAAAGGAGCAAUCGCAGACGGGAUUGGCAGGGUCAAUUAAACACAUCAAUUCCCAAAUAUCAAGAUCUGCUCUUAUUCUUAGAGAAACGCUUUCAAACAUUGGAAUCGUUGUGUUAUUCAAACAAGCAAGUACUUGCGUACAAAUUUUCGAAUCAAAAUUCCGCGACAAACAACAAGCGGGCCAUUAUAUCAAUCAAUGUACAGAAUUUACAAAUUUGAAUAUCAAUGAAAGACUAAAGGCGGUAGAUAGGCUACGCUUGUGUAAAAAUUGUUUGAGAGGCAAUCAUGCGACGGUUGAUUGUAAAUCGAAGUCGAGAUGUAAAAAUUGCAACCUAAAUCAUAACACCUUGAUACACGGUGCGAACGAUCAGCAAACUUCAACGGUACAACAAUCUGAAUCGGUGUCCCUCAAUUCGUAUUCUGACAUAAAUACUUUGAAAUCGGGUAUUCUCUCUACCGCGAUAAUACUAAUUAUGGAUAAAAAGGGUCAAUACCAGGAAUGCCGCGCCUUUCUUGAUUCCGAUUCCAUGAAUCAGUUCAUAACAUCCGAUAUGUGUAAAAAGCUUGGUCUCACACGUCAAAAAAUAGAAAUACAAAUUGGAGGUAUACCAGGCCACAAGUGCUUGAUGUUAGACAGAAUAACAGAAAAUCUCCCAGUUAGUUCCGUAAAUCUAGCAAAUAUAACUGUUCCGAAAAACAUUAAAUUAGCAGAUCCACAAUUUUAUAGCUCUGCACCGAUCGAUCUACUGAUUGGGGCCGAAUUAUUAGUACCAUUAAUGUGUAUCGGGCAGAUUCAUUUAGCGCCGGGGCAACCUCAUUUUCAAAAAACACAUCUGGGGUGGAUCCUUGGCGGUACUAUAAAUUUGACCAACAAUAAAACGAAAGCUUUGUGUCAUCUCUCUCACCUCGGUACCGAAUUACAAGAGCAGGUAACCAAAUUCUUAAAUAUUGAACAUGUUAGGGUUAUUGCUGACAAACUCUCACCGGAAGAAAGACAAUGUGAAACGCAUUUUAGGGACACCGUAAAACGUGAUUCACAGGGGCGGUUUAUAGUACGACUUCCUUUUAACAAUAGCCCACCCGAUUUGGGUGAUUCAAAACAAGGGACUGUAAAACGUUUCCGUUCUCUCGAAAAUAAAUUUGCAAAACAGCUGGAAUUUAAAGAACAAUAUUCCGAUUUUAUUAAGGAAUAUAUCAAAAUGGACCAUAUGGAACUUGUAAACAACCCUAAUUUAAAAGACGGAAUGUUUUGUUACCUGCCACAUCACGCAGUUCUUAAAUUGUCGAGUAGUACCACUAAGCUUAGGGCGGUUUUUGACGCGUCAUUCUGUACGAAUAACGGGAAGAGCUUGAAUGACAAUUUGAUGUGCGGGCCGGUGAUACAGGACGAUUUGUUCGCCAUUUUAACCAGAUUUCGUAUUCAUCGUUAUGUAAUAACUGCCGACAUAGCGAAAAUGUAUCGACAAAUUUUGGUAGACCCGGCAGAUAGAGAUUACCAAUUAAUUUUAUGGCGCGCACACUCAAAUGAAGAACUGAACACGUACCAAUUAAAAACACUAACGUAUGAUACUAAACCAGCCAGUUUUAUUGCGACGCGUUGUCUAUCAGAAUUGGCGGCGCAAAAUCAGGACGCUUACCCUGCGGCAAGCACCAUAAUUGGGAGGGAUUUUUAUAUGGAUGACCUAUUAACGGGCUCCGAAACGGUGUCGGACUUAAUUACAAUCCGCGAUAGCGUGUCCGCCAUCUUGCAGCAAGGUGGUUUUGAAUUACGGAAAUGGGCGUCGAAUGCACCGGAAUCACUUCCCAAUUUAAAUACAAAACCUAAACAAAACUCGAUCAUAAAUCUCGACAAUGAUAAUAAUUUAACUAAAACGUUAGGUCUAUUUUGGGAUUCAAAAAAUGAUUGGUUAAAGUACGAAGUACAAACGGUUAAUGUAAAAUCUAGAAUAACCAAACGUGUAAUCCUGUCAACCAUCGCGCAAAUUUUUGAUCCGCUUGGUAUUAUCGGACCAGUUAUGUUAAAGGCUAAAUUAGUACUGCAGAAUUUAUGGUCUUUAAAAAUAGGAUGGGACGAGUCAGUACCUCAAGACAUUCAUUGCGCUUGGGUUAAUUUUAUCAACGAAUUGUCGUACCUGCGGGAGCUACGAAUUCCCAGAAGAAUUUCAGAUUUGAGCAAAAUAUCGGCCCUCGAAUUGCAUGGUUUUUGCGAUGCCAGCAUUAAGGGAUAUGGGGCAGCGGUAUAUGUGCGCACGUACAACGGUUCAAAUAAACACUCCGUAUACUUACUGUGCUCCAAAUCACGCGUAGCGCCUUUAAAAACGGUAACGUUGCCUAGACUGGAAUUGUGCGGAGCGUUGCUGCUUGCGAGACUCAUCUCUGCAGUCAGACAAGCAUUGAAAAACGUAAACAUAACAAAACAAUAUCUAUGGUCAGAUUCAAGGGUAACCAUAGCGUGA